AUCUGUGACCGGCAUUCGUACGCGUGGAUUUGUGGUAAUGCGUACUAAACGGAUGGGAAUCGUAGAGAAGGAGGAAGACGAAGAGAAGGAAGAAGAGGAUGACGUAGACUAUAUUAUGUACGUCGACAUAAUGGUUAACGAUGCAAACGCAGAACUUUUAAGGCGGGACGUCUUCGCCAUUAUUAGAACAGUAAGAUCCUCUUGGAAAGAAAAAGACCUGAGAUUGAAAGUCUUCAACGAUGGAAUCACUAACAAGAUUGUUGGCGUCUAUGACGACGGCGUCGGCGGCGACGGCGUUGACGGCAUGCUGCUGCUGCGUAUCUACGGGGAGAACACCGACCUACUGAUCGAUCGCGAUGCAGAGAUGCGAAACCUCACGCGCCUUCACGCUGCUGGCUGCUGCCCUCCUCUACACGCACGCUUCAACAACGGACUCUGCUACGGCUAUGCAGUCGGCAUCUGUCCAACGGCUGGUAGCGUUACCUCCGAACCAAUCUACAGAUUGACUGCAACGAUGAUGGCUAGAAUACAUUCGAUUCGUGCAAAGCCCGGCCAGCCCACCGACCCGUGUCUGUUCACCGUCUUCCACAGAUGGCUGGACAUGGUGCCUGAGUCGUUUGCGGACACUAAAAAGAACGAUAGAUACCGAAAGUUCAUUCCAAAAAUAAAGACGCUACGAACGGAAGUAGAAGUGUUGGAGCGCCAUCUAGUGGACCUCGAUUCUCCCGUCGUAUUUUGCCACAACGACCUUCUCUUGAACAACAUUGUAUACAACAAGAGUGAAGGGACGGUAACAUUUAUUGAUUAUGAAUACGCGGCUUUCAACUACCAAGCCUUUGAUAUUGGAAACCAUUUCGCAGUAUAUUGUUGUAUAGAAGAGCCGAAUUACAGAGGAUAUCCAAAGAGGCGUUAUAAGAAGAGAUGGUUGAGAGAAUAUCUGGCGGCCUUGCACGCGGAGACAGGCCGUGGCGUCACUGCCACGGAACUCAGACAUCUCUACGUACAAGUGAACAGCUUUAUACCCGCUGCGCACUUAUUCUGGGCUGUUUGGGGCUUGAUACAAUCAUACCAUUCCGAUAUUGGCUUUGACUACUUAGGGUAA